UUUCGAUAAAAAGAGUCGAGCCCUUUGAAAAUUUGUGCAUUUCGAUAGUUCCCGCCAUUUGUCUCAUUCUGUGACGAUUGUAGCAAUUUGAUCGAGUAAAAGAACCCCGUCACAAAAUGGACCAAUCGUGUUUGGUGUGGACCAUGCCAGCCAAUCAGCACUGAGAUAAAUCAGCCAAUCACAGGCUAUUCCAUAUCGGAAUCGACCAAUAGGGACACGCGUCGCUUGGAUAUAAAGACGUCGCGGCAAUUAUAAAUUUCAUUCCUCUCACAAAUCGUCUCGAGAAAUCGAAAUGGCUCGUACCAAGCAGACCGCCCGUAAGUCCACCGGAGGCAAGGCCCCCAGGAAGCAGCUGGCCACCAAGGCCGCUCGCAAGAGCGCCCCGGCCACCGGAGGUGUCAAGAAGCCUCACCGUUACAGGCCCGGCACCGUGGCUCUUAGGGAGAUCCGUCGUUACCAGAAGUCCACCGAGCUGCUCAUCCGCAAGCUGCCCUUCCAGCGCCUGGUCAGGGAGAUCGCCCAGGACUUCAAGACCGACCUGCGCUUCCAGAGCUCUGCCGUCAUGGCUCUGCAGGAGGCUAGCGAGGCCUACCUGGUCGGUCUCUUCGAAGACACCAACCUGUGCGCCAUCCACGCCAAGCGUGUGACCAUCAUGCCCAAGGACAUCCAGCUGGCCCGCCGCAUCCGUGGCGAGCGUGCUUAAACACCUAGCCUGACCCAAGUAACCCCGGCCCUUUUCAGGGCCACCACAUACUUCAGAACGAACUAUACAUGUCAUGCCUUAUAUGUGUAGCGCUACGAAAAUGCGGUAGUCUUUACCUACAUGGAUACAAAAUCAAAUGUAGCUUUACAUCAGGAUAAUGGAUUGUGCUGACACGAUUUUCUCUUACCACGUCUUGUCUUAUAAGCAGCAUUGUGUUUGCUCAGCCUUCAGUGAAACUUAAAACCUAACGGUCAGCCUUUCUUGAUAAAGUACGGCAUACCAACAACAAAAGCUAGGGGCCACGUUACAGUAGGACCACGUAAAAGUUUCAUUAAAAAAAAAACGGCUGGUUUCCCAAGGUUUUCUUUCUAGGGUAAAAAUGGGUAGACCAAAAAAUAAAAGAAGUCAAUAGAAUCGUCAAUGUUCUUGAUCGAUGC